AUGGCGACUCCAAAUACUAACCACCGGGACGAGCUCCUCAACCCUUCAAUAGUGAUUCCAGAGGAUACAGAGCUGUCUCCAGCCUCGUUAUCGCCUACAUCACCAAGUCUCGGCAUAAGCCAGCCACAGCCAACCCUAUCACCCGAUACUGCUCGACUAACAGUUCACAAUGUACCGCCGCGGACAUCGCAUUCGUUGGACGGGGAUACCCUGCGUUCCAGAUCCGGCUCGUUCAACUCAUGUGCCGACACCGUUGGACGAACCAGGGCUGGCUCCUCAGCCACUGAGGAGCCUCAGGAGCCAUCAAAAUCGAAAGCAGAAUACGACGAUGUACCACUAUCCGAAGCCUUGAAUCCAGAUCCCCGAAAUGAACAAGAUUUCCAUGUGGACAACAACAAGUUCGCUUUUACGCCCGGUCAGCUGAAUAAAUUGUUGAACCCCAAGUCGCUGGCUGCUUUCCAGGCUCUUGGUGGCUUGCGUGGUUUGGAACGGGGUCUACGGACGGAUCUUACGUCGGGGUUAUCGGUGGAUGAAGCUCGUUUGCAGGGUACUAUUGGAUUCGAGGAAGCGACAUCUCAGUCGACAUCAGACAAGAAAGUCCCGAUCCCAGACGACAACCCUUCCGAUGCAUCGCAAUUUGAGGACCGUGUACGAGUAUUUGACUGGAACAGACUUCCAGCAAGGAAAUCUACUGGUAUCCUGAAGUUGCUCUGGUUGGCCUACAACGAUAAGAUCAUCAUUCUCUUGACUAUCGCUGCUAUUGUGUCGCUGUCUUUGGGCAUCUACGAGACGAUUGACGCCGGCCAUGGUGUCGACUGGAUUGAAGGUGUUGCCAUUUGUGUCGCUAUCGCUAUUGUUACCAUCGUCACCGCUGCCAACGACUGGCAAAAGGAGAGACAGUUUGUCAAGCUCAACAAGCGAAACAAUGAUCGUGAAGUCAAGGCUGUCCGCUCUGGCAAGGAUGUUAUGAUUUCGAUCUUUGAUAUCACGGUCGGCGACGUUCUCCACCUCGAGCCCGGUGACGCAGUCCCUGCCGAUGGUAUCCUCAUCUCCGGCCAUGGGGUCAAGUGCGAUGAAUCUUCUGCCACUGGUGAAUCUGACCAGAUGAAGAAGACCGACGGACACGAAGUCUGGAAGCAAAUCAUGGAUGGAAACGCCACGAAGAAACUUGACCCUUUCCUGAUUUCUGGAGGCAAGGUUUUGGAAGGUGUGGGAACAUACUUGGUUACAAGUGUCGGUCCUUACUCGACCUAUGGCCGCAUCAUGCUGUCGUUGCAGGAGUCGAAUGAUCCUACUCCGUUGCAGGUUAAAUUGGGCAGACUGGCGAACUGGAUUGGUUGGCUGGGCUCAGGUGCGGCCAUCAUCCUGUUCGUGGCGCUGCUCAUUAGGUUCCUUGUUCAGCUGCCUGGAAACACUGCCACUCCCGCUGUCAAGGGAAAGCAGUUUGUUGACAUCCUCAUUGUGGCUGUUACUGUGAUUGUCGUUGCAAUUCCUGAGGGCCUUCCCUUGGCCGUUACACUUGCCCUUGCAUUCGCCACAACGCGGAUGGUCAAGGAAAACAACCUUGUCCGUGUCCUUCGUGCCUGUGAAACAAUGGGCAAUGCAACCGUGAUUUGCUCCGACAAAACAGGAACUCUGACGCAGAACAAGAUGACCGUGGUCGCUGGCACCUGGAGCUCUGACCAGAGUUUCGGUCAGGCCGCGGAGGACGAUACUGCCAUGUCUGUGUCUGCUGUGUUCAAGCAGUUUUCGACAGUUGUGCGUGAUUUGAUCACCAAGAGCAUUGCGCUUAACUCCACUGCUUUCGAGGAGGACAAGGAUGGGUCCAAGGAAUUCAUCGGAAGCAAGACUGAGGUGGCAUUGCUGCAACUGGCCAAGGACCAUCUUGGUAUGGAAUUGGCCACUGAGCGUGCCUCUUCGCAAAUCGUCCAAUUGAUCCCGUUCGACUCUGCUCGCAAAUGCAUGGGCGUGGUAUACCGCGAACCCACUGUCGGUUACCGUCUCCUUGUCAAAGGUGCAGCUGAAAUAAUGGUCGGCUCGUGCUCGAAGAAAAUGACGGACUUGGACUCCCGGAACCGCAUCGCCAACGAUCAGUUUUCCGACAAGGACCGCCAGAAUAUGCUCAGCACCAUUGAAUCAUAUGCGGGCAACUCUCUUCGAACGAUUGGACUGGUUUACCGCGAUUUCUCCAGCUGGCCACCUCAGAACGCCGAGCUCUUGGAAGAUGACCCGUCAGCUGCCAAGUUCGAAGACAUUUUCCGUGACAUGACGUGGAUUGGUGUUGUUGGUAUCCAGGAUCCCCUGCGGCCCGAAGUCCCCGGCGCUAUCCAGAAGUGCAAUGCUGCUGGCGUGCAGGUGAAGAUGGUUACUGGUGACAACAUCGCAACGGCUACAGCGAUCGCGACAUCUUGCGGUAUCAAGACGGAUGAGGGUUUGGCCAUGGAAGGGCCCAAGUUCCGCCUGUUGUCUGAUAAGGAAAUGGACGAGGUGAUCCCAAACCUUCAAGUCCUUGCUCGCUCCUCACCGGAAGACAAACGUAUCUUGGUGGCUCAUCUGAAGAAGCUUGGCGAGACGGUGGCUGUGACUGGAGAUGGCACCAAUGAUGGUCCUGCGCUGAAGACUGCCGACGUGGGAUUCUCCAUGGGUAUUGCCGGCACGGAAGUUGCCAAAGAGGCCAGUUCUAUUAUCCUCCUUGACGACAACUUCAGGUCUAUUGUUACUGCGAUAUCUUGGGGAAGAGCCGUCAACGACUCCGUUGCCAAGUUCCUUCAGUUCCAGAUUACUGUCAACAUCACCGCUGUCCUCUUGACCUUCGUUUCCGCGCUUUACAGCAGCAGCAAUGAGAGUGUCCUGAACGCAGUGCAGCUGCUCUGGGUCAACUUGAUCAUGGACACUUUCGCUGCUCUCGCUCUGGCUACCGAUGCACCGACGGAGAAGAUCCUCAACCGCAAGCCUGCUCCUAAGCACGCCUCCCUCUUCACCAUCACGAUGUGGAAGAUGAUCCUGGGCCAGGCAGUCUACCAAUUGGCUAUCACCUUCAUGCUCUACUUCGCCGGCAACCGCCUUCUUGGAAGCCAGCUCAGCGCCACAAACGGAGACACCCAGCUCGCCACGAUCGUAUUCAACACCUUCGUGUGGAUGCAGAUCUUCAACGAGUUCAACAACCGCCGCCUCGACAACAGCUUCAAUAUCUUCGAAGGCAUGUUCCGCAACUACUGGUUCCUCGGAAUCAACUGCAUCAUGGUUGGCGGCCAAAUCAUGAUUAUCUUUGUCGGCGGUGCCGCUUUUGGCGUUACUCGUCUGACUGGUGUUCAAUGGGGUGUGUGCAUUAUUUGCGCUAUUGUGUGCUUGCCCUGGGCAGUGGUCCUCCGGACCAUUCCGGAUAAGUAUUUCAGUGUUAUCUUCAAUGGCACCAUCAAGGCUGUUAGCUUUGUGCUGCGGCCGUUUGCCAAGGGACUUCGCCUCUUUGCCAAGGGAGUCAAUUCUAUCUUCCGACCUUUGAAGCGUGUCUUUCGUCGUGGAGACGGGGGAAAAGAGAGCACUUCCGCUCCUUCGGAUGAAGAAGCCACGGCACUGACAGAUGUGGACCAGAACCGAUUGUGCACUCCAGGUGCAACUGCCACUCCUGUCACUGUUCCGCCCAUCACUAUUACGACCUCUUAA